ACGAAAAUGGCGGACAAGAUGUAGUAUUUUUGUGUCUUUUUCUGUAAAAAUCAAGUCUUUUUCUGUAAUAAAUUUAACUUUAAAGAUGGGAGACCCAAGCUCAACCAAGGAAGAUUUCCUAAAAGCUUGUGCAGACUUACAGAAAGAACCAAACUCWGAGAUUUUGGCUAUUUUAAACUUGGCAAUCGAUGACAGCAUAAUGGAGCCGACAGAUGAGUUUCAUCUUUGUCUCCAUGGAAACAAAAGGAAUGAACGAAAUGAGAUGUACAGGCGACGUCUGGUCGAUGAGGAUGCCGAGAUUCUAUACAAGACUCUGAAAGCAAAUACUUUUGUAGUUUUGCUUGAUCUUGGGUAUAAUAACAUUGGUGACGAUGGAGCAAAAAUACUUUCUCAGCUAUUACAGGAAACGUUGGUACUUCAGUCAUUAAUAUUAAGCUACAAUGACAUAGGACCUGAUGGAGGGGAAGCCAUUGCUAAAGGACUCCAGGUCAACGAAACCCUGCGAGUGCUGAAACUUAAUGGCAAUAAAAUUGGCAACAGGGGRGGUAUGGCUAUAGCCGGCACACUWCAAGUCAAUACCGCCYUAGAGGAACUYGAUAUUUCUGAAGUUGACCUGAAAACUGAAAGUGUGAUUGCCAUGGCAACAAUACUUAAUCACAACAAUACACUUAAAAUGCUGGCGAUGAACAGACCUAUACUCUUCAGUCAUCAGGAGGAGACAACCGUUCAUCUUGCAAAAAUGCUCAAGGUCAACAUACGACUAAAAGAGCUUCACUUAACUCACUAYGACAUAAGGGACUUUGGAGCUGAAAGAAUCAAAGAACAUUUGUAUGAAAACCUGACGCUAACGCACCUUAACUUAAGCAGCAAUAAUAUUACUCGAGAUGGGGCCAAGCAGUUGGCUAUUCUACUAAAGCACAACACACCUCUGGAAGUCCUUAAUUUGGCCUACAAUAGAAUCGAAGAUGAUGGAGCCAUGGCGCUUGCCGAAGCACUUUCAGCUUACAAUACAAACCUGACAACUUUAGUCCUCUGCAAAAAUAACAUCGCAAGUCAAGGAUUAUGUGCUCUUGCCAAAGCAAUGAAGCUAAACAUCGGUUUGAUAUCAAUGUACAUAUGGGGAAACAAGCUUGAACAGCCUGCAUGUAAGGCUUUUCAGGACCUUAUCAAUGGCGCAGCACCAAGAUUAGACCCUUCAUGUACUGAUGUAGAACCUUAUAUUGUCGAUGGAGUUGUAUACUUGGCACAAGUACACAGUCCCUAUGUUUAAAUUUCAACUGCUCACSUGACUUCGUCGUUAYCGUAAGCGCGGGAAAAUUUACUAAAGUGAACUCCGAACACAAGAGCUUUCCAUAACUCAAAUUAAAUAUAAAUUCGUUGUCAGCAAAGUAGCAUUGCAAAACGAACGAUGUGAGAUGAAAUUAUAACUUAAACGAGUGGAACAUUAAUUUCGCCAUCUUAGAAGAAUAUAUCUACAACAYCGAACCUUAUGAAUAAUCAAUAAAKUCAAUCAAAUCGUUAA